AUGGCCAGCUCUUUACCCAAGGAGAAGGGCACGGAGAUGUCCGAGAAGCAACACUUGCCGGUGCACCGGAGCACCCCGCACACAAUAAUAUCAAUAUGCAUGGCUACAGCAAUGAUCAUUCUACCUGCGAUAUAUUCGCACAUCUCGCAGCUGACGUUAUCACCGGUCUAUGGCUCGGUCCCUGCUAGCUCCUUUCACCGCCCAGGGAUUAUGAUUGCUGCACUGAUAGGGUGGGUUGGAAUGGAUCGAAUCAACACCUCCAACCCUCGGAUGCCCACCGAUGUAUUACCCGUGUUAGCAUGGACCAUUCCCACUAUUCAAUAUUUUUUGUUCCAGUAUAGCACUCAAUUGGGGCCCGUCAUUGGACCGUUAGUCACUGAGUCGUGUACGCUGUACCCCUUGGUCUCUCUUUCAGCGGCCGCAGCAGUGUAUUGCUUAAAAGGCAUAGACCUUAGCCACGGGUCUCGACUUAUGGCAAAUCAUGGGAAAUUUAUAGGCUCAUACAUUCUAUUUACUUCUGCUAUCAAAGUUGCGGGAGACCAUUUACCCCGAUAUCUUGGAUUGGGUAUUUUGAUGACUCGAACGGGGCUUCAGUUUGUUAUAGCCACGUUUUAUUCUAUAUUUUUGCCUUCCAAAUGGCUACUUUUUGCCAUUCCAUCUUUGUUGUUUUCUGCCAGCUAUAACGUUCAUGUCCCAUCUGGGCCCACCACUGCUCGCCUUAAUUCCAACCUACAAACAGAAAAUUAUGUCUUACUUCACCGCCAGGAUUCUUUGACUGGCUAUAUAUCUGUGCUAGAGAGCAAGGAGCCUAAUUUUAGAGUCAUGAGAUGUGACCAUAGUCUCCUUGGUGGAGAAUGGAUUCCCCCUCCUGGGGCACCAAAACAGCGAAUACGGGAUCCGAUAUAUGCCGUUUUUACGAUGUUGGAAGCUGUUAGGUUGAUUGAAACCGGUUCAAGGAAACCCAGAAAUGGAGGCCUAGGAACCAAUGCCCUCGUAAUUGGACUUGGAAUUGGUACAACACCUGCUGCAUUUGUUGCACAUGGAAUAAACACCACAGUUGUGGAGAUAGACCCAGCUGUAUAUGAGCUAGCUACUCGAUAUUUCGGGUUUCCAGGAGAGGCUAUCCCUAAAAUCGAGGAUGCAGUCAAUUUUGUUCAGCGUUCAAGGAAUGCUGAGCCACCGCAGCAGUACGAUUUUAUCGUCCACGAUGUUUUUACUGGGGGUGUUGAGCCAGCAGAGCUUUUUACACUAGAGUUCAUGCAAGGACUGCACGCUUUACUGAAAGACGAUGGAGCUAUUGCCAUCAAUUAUGCAGGUGAUUUGAACUUACCCUCAGCCGGACUCAUAGUUCGAACGAUAUUGGCAGCUUUUCCAUCCUGCCGGGUGUUCCGUGAAGGCGAGCCAAGUGGUGAUACGGACGUCGAUUUCACCAACAUGGUUGUUUUCUGCAAGAAAACAAAAUCAUCGCUACAAUUUAGAAAGCCGACCAAGGCCGAUUAUUUGGGCAGCAGGUCGAGGGAAUCCUACAUGUUUCCCAGACACGAAAUUGGAAAGAAGGCGUUUGAAAAGAAUCACAGCAAAAUACCAGAGAUUUUGGUGAAGGAGCAGAUCCACCACCUUCACUCGUGGCAUUCAAAGAGUGCGGUUGGGCAUUGGAAAAUCAUGAGAACGGUGCUUCCAGCUAGUGUAUGGGAGCAGUGGUAA